UAUGUUGAGGCAGAGAUAAUGAGUCAGCGUGGACUGCAGGGGAAGGAGAGGAUUCUUGGACCAGGCCACCCAGACACCCUAAGAAGCGUCAACAACCUAGCUAAUAUUCUGGGAGAGCAAGGAAAGUACGAUGAAUCAGAGACAAUGCAUCGGCGUGCACUGCAGGGGAAGGAGAGGAUUCUUGGACCUGACCACCCGGACACCCUGUCAAGUGUCAACAACCUUGCUACUACGCUGAGGGACCAAGGAAAGUACGACGAAUCAGAGAUGAUGCAUCGGCGUGCACUGGAGGGGGGCGAGAGGAUUCUUGGGCCAGACCGCCGACCCACCCUGCGAAGUGUUAGCAAUCUUGCUAUUACGUUGCGAGACCAAGGAGAGU